UGCCUCAAAAUAAUGGUGAGGCAGCACAAUAAAAACUCCCCCAAGACUGCUUACCACAUGGACACUUUUGCCAUAACGGCCAUGUGGCAGAAAAAGCCUGUGAAACUGAAGCUGGAUCCAACCUCAUACAGCAUUAUACUAGGCAUAGUGCAUGACUGCCAUCACUGGUUUCUUGUUGCUAUCUAUCCAUCAGAAAAAAAAACCAUAAUUGUGGACUCACUUGGAGAGUCUGCAUUAAAAAUAAAAAGGUGUUUGGAGACAACAAGAGCCCUGAUGAGGAAAAUGGAUGUAGCUGUAUCACGCUGGACAUGUACUACAGUGACUCACCCACUGCAGCGUGACGCCACAUCCUGUGGAGUUUUUGCUUUAAAAUUUGCAGAGCACAUCCUCAGUGACACCCCGAUGCAAUUUUCAGCAAACAAGGAGAAAGUGGAUGAAAUGAGAAAAGAGAUAGCUGAAAGCAUACUCUCUCAUUCCGAUGACCUAAGCAACCUGUGUCAUCACUGUGGGGAGGCGGAAACAUUUGACGAUUCCAAGGAAGUUGUCUGGAUAUCCUGUGAUUACUGCGACAGAUGGUUUCACGUAGGAUGUGUGGGAAAUCCCUCACUGGACAAAGACUAUUCAUGCUAUGCAUGUGUGAAAUGACCAAAUAAAAUGUCUA